AUGCAAUGCAGUGACUCAUCGAGGCAGACAGCGCACCCCAAGCGCACCCCGGUGAUCUCCGGUGCUCCGCAUGAAUUAGGCAUCCAUAUGCAUGCUCCACACGCUCGUCACGAAGCACGAGAAACCGCGAUUGAGGCUCGGUGUCUCACACGUCACAGGCUGUAGGGGUGCAAGCGCGAUGCGGAGUGCGGGGAGGGGGGUUUAUAGAGUGUGGAAAGCUGGGUAUAAGGAGGUAUAAGUAUAAGUAUCCGCACAGCUCGUUCACAUUUAUGUUCACGUUCAGGUUCCCAUUCACAUUCAGAUUAGGGGCCCCACCACCAGCAGCAGCACCACAGCAUGACCACCCCCGCCGCCGCCUCCGCCUCCGCCGCCGCCUCACUCCCCCUCCUCCCCCCCACGCCCCCCGCGAACUGCACAGCGCGCCUGAUCCCUUUGACCCAAACCGUCCACCGCUCGCUCCGGGCCCCCGCCUGUUUCGCACUGCUGAUCGAGAACGCGCUUACGCCCUCCGAAUGCCGCUCAUUGCUCACCUACGCGACCUCUCGGAGCCCGUGGGAAGCAGCCCUAAUCAACACCGGCCUUGGCACGCAGGCCCUGGCAACCGACGUACGCAACAGCUCGCGGCUGAUCCUGGACUCGCCCGAGGUAGCGGGUAUGCUGCUGGCGCGGGUGAGGCCGUUUUUGGAGGCGGAGGAGGCCGGGGUCGCGGUGGUAAGGACGGUGGGAACCUCGAAGCCCGGGAAAAGGGUCUGGGAUGGCAUGAGGAGUCAUUGGCUUGGUCCUAGGCCGUGGAGGUUGACCAGACUUAAUGAGAGGCUCAGGUUCUUGAAGUAUGGGCCGGGUCAGUACUUUAAACCGCACUGCGACGGCUCCUACAUCACGCCCGACGGGCGGGAGCGCUCGCUCCUCACGUUCCACUCGUACCUUGGCGAGAACGAUGCGGAGAACGUGGGCGGCUCUACGCGGUUCUUUGGCGACUACGACAAGACUGUGGCGGACGUGGAGCCGGUGCAGGGAAGAGUCCUGGUCUUUCAGCAUCAGUGGUUGAUCCACUCGGGCGAGGAGAUGGAGAGGGGCGUGAAAUAUACCCUGAGGACCGAUGUCAUGUAUGAGGAGGCGCCGGAACUAGAUUUUGAGGAGGAGGGGGAGGAGUUUCAGCAUUAUAAGGCUUGAGUCUUGAGAGUUGUGUGGGGUCAUGUUCUGUCCAUAGCACUGUUGAACAGCUUGGUUUUGGUUUUUGGUUUGAGCGUGUUUGCAUUCGACUUUAUAGGAUCAUGGCAGUUACAUAUCCUAUUG